ACCAUCGGUGUGUAGAAAUUCCCUACAGCAACGCGUUUCUACCAUUCAGCAGCGCAGUUCCAAAAUGUGAUAAAUCAGAAACAGUUAACAAUUGGGAAGUUAUGACUGGGAACAGGAUUCGUCCUGCGAAUGGGAAAUGACGAACACAGGGGCAGAUCUUGAAAUCAAGAUUCACCCAAUUGGUUCACUAAGGACAAGAAUUAAUAUCAAUGGAGACGUCGAUUACUUAAACGUUCACACAAUUAGAAUAAAAUGGGGAAAACACGCGAAAACUGGAUCAGAACAUUCCUAUGGACCAUAUCGGCAUGCUGGCGAGAUUCAAGUAUUCCAUGACAUUAAUGAAAAGGUUGGAGGAAAAAAGCACGCGAUUGCCUUCUUUAUUUCGGAGCGACAAAACCCUCCGAAUCCAGCAUGGGCAGAAUUCAUUCCACUCGCAAGAAUCAACUGCAGAUCAGUCGGAGAUACAUAUACGCUAACUUCACCACCGAGCUUAAGAAAUUUGAUCGGAGAGGACGCAUCACGACGAGAUAUUGUUUAUUUAAGUCAUAGAUUGCUUGAGUACACUCGGUAUCAAGGGUCGACAACAACUGCUCCAUGUGAAGAAUACAUUUGGACAGUUUUCAAAAAUCAUCUAUAUCUAAGCAAAGCUCAGUUCACACAACUUCGAAGUAUAGAACAGCCGUACAGCAUACAGGGAAGACGAUCGACGGCAGCAGGACAAGUUGCUUGUCGGACUAUAGGGAGCAUGUGGGAGCGAUAAACAUUUUUCGAUAAAUGACGUCAUCAUUUGAUGACGCAAUAAGUCAUUGAUAAAAGGAAAAUAGAAAUAAAUCGCUGUGAGAGCUGAAGAAGAAGAGCACUAGAAAAGGUGUCAAAGUACACCACUUUGCAAAGGACAUAAAAAAGUCAAAGAGUGUGCAAUGGCACACGUUCAUAGAACGAAGAGUUCAUUAUAUAUGGAGAUUAUACAUCAGACUCUAUGGUCAAUAUAGAACUAUAAACGGUUGUUUCACACGAUUCAAGAUAUGGAAAGCUUACUAUAUUCUAGCUUACGUAUAUCUUGCCGUGAUGGUUACAUUUGCGAGAAAACCAUUAGUGUUGUCAAUCAAUUUUGUCACAAGGUCGAAUUGAGAGCUCUUACAAUCAAUCCGAAUUCCCACGCUCAUCUCAAUUCAAAAAAUAUAAUCGAAUCCAUCUUUGUGUACUCGGAACAGCUACUAAGGGUUAUCUCGCAAUAUGACUACCCCAAUCUUGCCUAUUUUUCAAAAGUGUUACAUUCGCCAAUUAUGACUUGCUUACCUGGAAUUUAAAGACAUUUUUCAUGAAACUAAAUGACCUUAGUGAACGUUAUUAUGGUAUAUAAGAUUUUUUAUUUAUCCAAAUAAUGCGAUACUAUCAUGUGUGGUGGUUUGUCUUUGUGAUAGCAAAUGUAUAUAAUGAACAUGUACAUACAACUUCACUUGGAAACUUACCACGCCGUAUGAUAGUGGUUGAUAAUAACAUAACCAAAAAAUUUUGAACAUGAAUUUAAAGUUUCGUAAUUCAACCAAAAAUAUUCAAUUUUUGAAAAUUCGUUCCGUGUUGAGAGAAUUUAAAAAUUGUCUUGUUAUACAACGAAAAUUAGGAUAAAAAUUUUAAGCAAUUAUAUAUAAUAUUAACACAGAACUUCUGUUCAUAUCAAAUAUUUAUCAGUAAACGAAAACAAAAUUUCAGUCAAAAAAAGGUCAAUCCCCCUGGCAAAGAACUGCUUGACCAUGAAAACUUUAAAACUAUGCAUAUUGCUUCAAUCUCUUCUUAUUACUUAUUGUUCAAUUUUUGCACUUUGAGAUUUGCACUUCGCCCCUGUGCGUAAAAUGUACUUUAUGAUUGCCAAUGGUCAACUAGAAAUUAGGAUAUUUAAACAGAAAUAAUUUAAAAUUGGAGGUCGGGAUAUUUGGCAUUCCAAAAUCCUGAUUGCGCGCAGUUUAGAUUGAUUGAUCAUAACUGACUUAUCUCGUGGAAAAUCCUAAAAAGUCAGCUAAAAGAACAUAUACAAUAGAAAAAAAUAAAUAAAAUAAUGUCCACUAGCAGAAAUUUUUGAAAAAACAGAUUUUUAUAAUUAAUUUGGGAAUCCCCUUUAAAUAUAACUUUACGAAUUCACAGUUGAAUCUACCAUGUCCCUUCAUUUGGACUGAUUAUAUUACUGAUACGCAUUCAUUGCAGCAAGAAAUGUUGUCAAAUUGAGAACUAAUAUCACAAUUAUCCGUGACUAAAAUGAUUUUAAUCAGAAUAAAGAAAGAAUAUUUACACGGAAUUGUCGAAUGACGUCACACUGUGAAUAUUAUGACAUCAUAAUUAAUGUUGUCAAUUGUCUUGCAUAUUAUCACUGUGUGGCUUUCUUUUCUUGUUGCACAAUGUUCCUAUUUAUUGCUUUAUUUUCCCGUCGUAAUGUGUGUGUGUUUCGGGAAAUAAAAGAGUGAAAAAACAAA